AGGAAAGUAAUGCAGAGAGCAGACCCUGGAGGUUUACAGCUGGGAAGCAGAGGACCAGGAAGCUGCGAUCGGAGGACGGCAUCAGGUGUGCAAGUGAAACACAGCGCCACAGUUCCCCAGGGCAGGUGGUCCUCAGCAGCCGCUCCUCCUGAGCCUGCCAGGAAGCCUCAUCCUCGACCUAGCGAUAAACUCAACCCUAAAACCAUCAACCCUUUUGGUGAGCAGUCCCGAGCCCCUUCUGCGUUUGCAGCUAUCUACUCGAAAGGAGGUAUUCCUUGCAGGUUGAUACAUGGUUCCGUAAAACACCGACUGCAGUGGGAAUGUCCUCCUGAAACGCUUCCGUUCGAUCCUCUCCUUAUCACCUUAGCUGAGGGUCUGAGAGAGACUAAACAUCCGUAUACCUUCGUGUCCAAGGAGGGCUUUAGAGAAUUACUUCUGGUCAAAGGAGCCCCUGAGAAAGCCGAGCCUCUGCUGCCGAGGCUGGUGCCUGUGAUCAAGGCGGCUCUGGGCCAUGCAGAUGAUGAAGUGUUUGAGAGAGGACUGAACGCUCUGGUGCAGUUGAGUGGCGUCGUUGGCCCUGCUCUGAAUGACCACCUGAAGCACCUGCUGACGAGCCUUUCCAAGAGACUGAUGGAUAAGAAGUUUAAAGAGCCAAUCACCAGUGCACUGCAGAAGCUCGAACAGCAUGGUGGCAGUGGAAGCCUUCUGAUCAUCAAAUCUAAAAUUCCAACCUACUGCUCCAUCUGCUGUUGAGUGAGAGAAUCCAAAGUCAUCUUACCAUCUGGUAACAGAUGUCUACCAUAGACCUUGGGUAUUUGUGGGACUCUAUCAGUUCAUUCUUUUAUAAACUACAGAUUCCAUUCAUUAUUUACUAGGUUAAUGAAAUCCCAUAUUAAAAAGUACU